AUGAAACCAACCUCUUCCUUGCUCAUCCUAUUGUUAUUAUUUGGUUGCCUUUUCUCAUCCUUUUCAUUGGCAACAGUCACCUGUCCACCCUUCCAUUCCAUUGCCCACAUUGAUUUCAAAAUCAAUUCAUUUUCCUCUCCUCUCCAUAUUUGUUCGGGUGUUGUUGUGUUGAGAAAACACAAUGAUGAUCAUGCUUCAACUGUUUCACUCGUGUUGGCACCCGCCAACUGUUUGAUGAGCAACAAUCCAACUGGUGGAUCUAAAUUCACACCCAUUCAUUCUUCCUUAUUGAGAAUUCGAAUGAUGACUGCUGAUGUUGACGAAAUGGAGUUACAUGAAACAACAACAACUAGCACUGCACGAAUCAGAGAGAUUAACAUUCAUCCCAAAUUCAAUCCAUGGACUUUGGAUAAUAAUUUAGCCAUGAUCACUGUCGAGCAUGAUGACAAGGAGGCACUGAAUCAUCUUCCAUCGAUGACAAUCUCUCCACAGGAAUUACUCGAAUCAUGUUUCAAGAAUUUCGAACAGCUUGAACAAGAAAUGGCACGCAAUCCCUCUUCCUUUACCAUGUGGUUGUUGUUGACAAGAAGUAAUAGUGGUGACUCUGAACAUCCAUUCUCUACCACAAUGGAGCUUCCAUCCCUUGUUCAGAAAUCUUUCAAUGCAGCAGCUUCUAAAGAAAUUACACUCAUGUUGGAAAAGAAACCAUUUGACGAAGAAGAAUUCGAUCCACAUGCAGAAGAAGAACUCGACUGGUUUUCGACAUCCAUCUUGUUAUUGAAGUGGAAAGAGAAUAAUGAAUUUUCUAAAGAAAAUCAUGGUAUCAUUCCAAUUGGACUUGCAGCAUAUCGAGUGAAUAAGGAGAAGGCUGUUUUCACCUCCAUGCCAUUCUUUAUGAAGAGAGAUGAUUGGUUAAAACAACAAUUCAACAAUGUAUUGGAAAAGCAAGUCUCCAUGAACCAAGAGUUGAGAAGUGUACAUGUGAGAGAACCAUAUUUUACAAGUGUUUCUUCGUCGUCGACCUCGUUGAGACAGAUUGCACGACAAAUCCAUCAAAGAAUUCAAUCAUUGAUUCAUUCAGAUCAACCAGAGCCACUGAAGCCAAGUUCUUAUGAAAUUCCCAAACCACAAUCAAUUCCUCAGCCCAUGACACGAUUUACCCCAUUCCAAAAUUCAUUUGAAACAUUUAAUUAUGUGCGAUCCAUUUCUAAGAACAUGAGAAGGAGAUUAUUGGAGACUAUUGGUAUGGAUGAAUCAAGGGAGAGCACUACCAUUCCUCAAUCACUCCCAACUUCAAGCAGAAGCGAAAGACUCUCAGAAAUUGUACACAAUGUUCAUCAGAGAAUUGAAAACGUUGUUAAGGCAACUUAG